AUGGCUGCCAUCGCAAAACGUGAAUUCACCGAGCUUUUCCUGGAUGGAAGCAAUUAUUUGACAUGGGCCCUUCAUGUUGAGAUUUAUCUCACAUCAACAGAACUACAAGACACAAUCAUUGAAAAUUCCCCGAGCGAUGACGCUCAGAAAGCUAAGGCCCUAAUUUUCCUCCGCCACCACCUCAACCAUGAUCUCAAGAAUGAGUACCUCACUGAAAAAGACCCACAUGCCCUUUGGAAAUCCCUUAAAGAUCGUUUUGACCAGCAGACAUCACUGAUCUUGCCACAAGCACAAUUCGAUUGGUUAAACCUCCGAUUCCAGGAUUUUAAAUCAGUAACCGAAUAUAACUCAGCUUUACACAAGGUCAUAUCUAAGCUCAAGCUCUGUGAGCAGGAACUCUCAGAUACAGACUUGAUAGAAAAAACCUUGUCCACAUUUCAAGCUAAUGAUCUUGUACUCCAGCAGCAGUAUAGGGCCAAAAACUUUCUAAGUAUUCAGAGCUGA